AUGAAGAAGUUAGCCUCUUGUGAUUACUAUAUUUUAAAUCUAGCUAUAAUUGACAUCAUUAUGCCACUUAUUGGGUUUCCAUUGCCUAUAUAUUCAUCAUUCCAUCACGAAUUGGCCAUUGGAGAAUAUUUGUGUGCAACAUAUGGUUUUACGGGCUUCUUUUGUGGAGUAGUUAGCAUCAGUACUCUCGCUGCUAUUAGUCUCGCCAGAUACGUACAAGUCUGUAGAAAAAACCAUGGUUUCUAG